AUCUGCUCCUUUACCCUUUUUAAUAUUUGUUUUCUCUCAUGCAGCUCUUUAUCACAGUGAUGGACAAACUUCGACUUGAGAUUCGUGCCAUGGAUGAGAUCCAGCCUGACCUGAGAGAGCUCAUGGAGACCAUGAAUAGAAUGAGCAACAUGCCUCCAGAUUCAGAGGCCAAAGACAAAGUCAGCCUCUGGUUAACCACACUAAGCAGCAUGUCUGCAUCUGAUGAGCUGGAUGACUCCCAGGUUCGCCAGAUGCUCUUUGACCUGGAGUCUGCCUACAACGCCUUUAAUCGUUUCUUACACUCUUCUUAAAUGUUCCUUCCCUCUCUGAGCUCUCUGAACUCUUUUCCACCAGCUUUUUGUUUUUGUUUUUUUAUCAAACCUUUGUUUCAUUUUCCCUAUUUUGCCCAUGUCUUGUAGGAAUGUAGGAACUUUAAAUUCAGUUAGAGUACUGCUUAAUAAGGCUUAUAUUGUUCAGUAAUACAAUCAGGAUUAUAUUAUUUACAGAUUUGAAAAUUAGGAGUAGGAGACUUUUUUUUUAACGUAAAGAGAUUUUUCUAUCACAUGGUAGUCUGAAAGUGUUCUAUAGAAUGGCAAUAGCGAAUACAAUAGCCAACUGAGAUGCAACGAGGGCGUUAUAGGGAGGAGUUUAUUAUAGGCAAAAGAUGAUUGCAUGUGUUGAAUGAACAUAUGAAUUGAUAGUUUAUGGAUCUCAUAAUAUCUUCUAGAACAAGGUCUGAUACUGAACUCUCAGUACUGCAUUU